AUGGACAUGCUGUUCGACGAUACCGAGGCCGAGAAGGCAGAACGCACCACUCUGCUUAAUGACCUUGAUGCCCUUGUGGAAGGCCAACCAUACUCAAGAGCACUCUGGGCAUGUCUGCGUUUGGCCGAUCUUGUCUGUCUACGGCUCAUCGUUACGCGUGUUAGGCACAGUGGGCCCCUCUAUCUAACCGGCUUGGAGACCGCCGUCCGGGAUAGCAAACUAGUGUCCUACUGGAAGCAACAAACGCAGGAUGCCAGCCGAGCCAGUUCAGAAGCUGCUGCUGAAGUCCCCUCUCAAGCCAGUUCUCCAGGUCAACCAAAGAUGCCCGAUUCUCCCGGUACUCCAUCAGGCUGGCCUCACAAGCGACAACGGACUUCCGGGAUGGUGGUCCAGGUGAGAGAUAAGAUACAACACGAUCUUGUUAGCUUGUUCCUUCAGAAUUUUUGA